CAAAUAAAGCGGUUGACUGUUGUUCGAUAAGGACACUCUCGCUGUGGUUUCUGUCACUCAAAGACACAAAUACCACUGAUAGAGUGCAGUCAUGUAUGUCAAACCAAUACUUUGGAUACUACUCUUCAGCUCUGUCCAAGAGGUGUCACUGCAGGAGUAUAAUUAUGAUUAUGAAACAUACGAGGAUCCACAGCCUCUGAGCUGCUUAAUCCCCGAGAACAUCAAAGGUGGAAAUGUCACCUACUCACAGGGAGGGAUGGAGGGAAGUGUGCUGACUUAUCACUGCGGCCCGGACCAAUACCCUUUCCCCGUCAGUUCCAGGCUCUGCGGCAAUGAUGGGGAGUGGUCGGUCAUGAGAUCAAACAAUGGAAGACAGACUUCACGGGCCAUAUGCAAAGACAUCUUGUGUCCGGCUCAGCUCCAGCUGGAUCACGGUGACUUCUGGCCCCGGGACCAGUGGGCCCGUGUUGGGACGACGCAGACCUUCUCCUGCCAGGAAGGGUUCACCCUGUACGGCUCAGCCCAGAGGAACUGCACCAUGUCUGGGGAGUGGACAGGAACCACUCCCAUCUGUGACAACCAUGCUGACGACUGUAGUAACCCAGGCAUCCCACCGGGGGCUCAGAGGUCAGAGGGUCGCUUUCAAACAGGGGAGAAAGUGAUCUACCGCUGCCAGGCUGGUCUGGAUCUGCUCGGGUCGGCUGAAAGGGAGUGUCUGGAGAGCAGGGAGUGGAGCGGCUCAACACCACGCUGCCAAGGCGCACAUAUGUUUGACUCCCCCAGUGUUGUGGCAGCAGCCAUGGCUGGGUCCCUUGCAGGAGUCAUGGAUGUUAUCUCACCGGACUCCAAAAAGACUGAAUCGUCGGCGUCCUUUGCCCGCACCGUCCUUGUGUCUGAAGGCAGUCGUAUAAACGUUUACAUUUUACUGGACACAUCAGGAAGCAUCACAAAGCAGGACUUUGAGUUAUCCAGGAAUGCAACCAUUGCUCUCAUCAGAAAGUUGGACAGCUACGAGGUUCAGCUGAGGUUCCAUGUGUUGUCAUUUGCCACUAUGGUAAAAGUCAUUGUAGACAUCACACACUCGGAUAUCAGUGGAAACAUUGACGACGUCAUUUGGAAUCUGGAGGGUUUCAACUAUACCAGCCAUGGGCGUAAGACAGGAACUAACCUCCACGCUGCCCUCUAUGGAGUCAGUGAGAAGAUCAACUUCCUCAAGCAAAACAGCGCCAACAACCAUUUUAAUGAGACUCAAAACAUCAUCAUUAUAGAAACAGACGGUUACUCCAACACAGGCAAAAAGCCUGAGAUUGCCCUGGCCCAAAUCCGGAGUCUGCUAGGUUACCGAGAUCAAACCAAUGAUAACACAGAUGAAACCAAGCUGGAUGUCUAUGUAUUUGGUAUCGGCAGCAAAGUAAAGAAAGAUCAGUUGAACUCCUUAGCCUCAAAGAAACGUGGUGAGCAGCACUUAUUCGUUGUGCGAAACUACCAAAUACUUGGAGAGGUGUUCAACAGCAUCAUAAGUGACAAGAGUGUGACCAUGUGUGGGAUAGCUCAGGAAUGGGAGGAGCAUACGAAAACCCACACCAGACCCUGGCAUGUCACUGUGGAAACAAUCAAUAAGAUAACGCCAGCGUGUGUUGGAUCCAUUGUGAGCCAGAACUGGGUGCUGACAGCUGCUCACUGCUUCGCCAGGGCGAGCACAGAAGACCCUCCGAAGGUGCACAUUGGUCACGGUGAGGGCAGGGUGGUUUCCGAGAGGGUGAUCAUGCACCCCAAGUACAACACCAGGGCGCUCAAACACAGAAACGUAUCGGAGUUCUACGACUACGAUGUAGCUCUGGUUCAGGUGACCAAGAGUAUCCCGCUCUCAUGGAAAGCCAGGCCUAUCUGCUUGCCAUGUACUGUGGCAGCCAGCAGAGCCAUGAAGAGAGUCAACUCCACCUGUCAGGAGCACAGGAAGGAACUACUACCGCACGAGGAGACAGCCGCCUUUUUCAUCCAUAAGAACGACAAAAUCAAACAAACACAUAUCCAGACGGAGAGUCAGAGACCCAGCUGUGUGGAGAAGGCGAGGCAAACACUCAAAGACCCCACCAAUGUGACUUUGGAUGAGUACAUACCCGACAGAUUCCUGUGUACUGGGGGGUCCACAGCAUAUAAGGACCCCAUCACCUGUAAAGGGGACUCUGGUGGAUCCCUUUAUCUGCAAAAAAGAAAGCGUUACUUUCAGGUGGGAGUCGUGAGCUGGGGCACCACAGACGUAUGUGACGCAGGCCUCAGAGGGACCAGCGACAAUCCGCCUCCCGAUGCACGAGACUUUCACAUCGACCUUUUCAAGAUAAUGCCGUGGCUGAAACAGCAUCUGGGUCAAGAGAUCCAGUUCCUGCCCGAGGUCGAACACCAAUAAUCAAUCAGCUGAGAACCGCCAAGAUUUACGCCAAAAUAAAGUAAUGCAGUUUUCAAUAUAGCUCACACAGGAAUAAAGGACAAUCGUAGACAGUGA